GUCGCUUUACUCAUCAAUAUCCAUUGCACUCUCAUCCUUUGGCUCUUCAGUAGCUUCUUCUCCUUUCUGCUGCUGCUCUUGGCUGAUCUGCUGUUGCUGUUGCUGUUGCUGUCGUUGUUGUGCUCGAGCCUCCCUCUUCAUUUGCCUUUUGGUCUUUGGUUCUUGUGCCUCCGCACCAUCACCGGAUUGACGUCGGGAUGGCCACGCCUGGCGACAUCUCUUUUCAUCUUCUUCAGACCAGGCACGAGGCAGAACCGCAAACACGAGAUACGAUGUAUGUGUUUUGAUCUCUGGUUCUGUGCGGUGGACCAGGCGGCCCUGCUCGUACGAUGGGAUCUGUGA